ACAACAGCCAUUGCUGAGUGCCAGGCCGUGUUGUCAGGGCUCACGAAGACUGACUUAGGUUGGUCCCUGCAAUACACACGGGUACAGGAACAUGGCGCUGCUCUGGGGGCUCCUGGUGCUCAGCUUGUCCUGCCUGCGAAGCCCCUGCUCAGCGUUCUCUCCUGUGAGCACCAUGGAGCCCUUGGACCUGCAGCUGAUGAGCGGGCAGACCCAGCAGAAGCUACCCCUACUUUCCCUCCUCAAGUUGGGCAACCAGGAGCCUAGUGGCCAGACUGCCCCAAAGAAGGCCCCAGGAGACUGCAAGGGGUUCCCAAACCCGGAGCAGACCCGCAGGCUGGCCCAGGCCAUGAUGGCCUUCACCACAGACCUCUUCUCCCUGGUGGCCCAAAGCUCCACCAGGCCCAACCUGAUCCUGUCGCCUCUGAGUGUGGCCCUGGCACUGUCUCACCUGGCACUAGGUGCUCAGAACCAAACGCUGCAGAGGCUGCAGCAGGUGCUGCAUGUGGACUCAGGGCCCUGCCUCCCCCACCUGCUCAGCCGCCUCUGCCAGGACUUGGGCCCUGGGGCUUUCCGAUUGGCUGCCAGAAUGUACCUGCAGAAAGGAUUUCCCAUCAAAGAGGACUUCGUGGAACAAUCAGAACAGCUCUUUGGUGCAAAGCCCGUGAGCCUGACGGGAAGGAAGAGGGAUGACCUGGCAAACAUCAACCAAUGGGUGAAGGAGGCCACAGAGGGGAAGAUUGAGGAUUUCCUCUCAGAUCUGCCAGAUGACACAGUGUUGCUUCUCCUCAAUGCCAUCCACUUCCAGGGCUUCUGGAGGAGGAAGUUCGAUCCGGAUCUCACGCAGAGAGACACUUUCCACCUGGACGAGCAGUUCACGGUGCCGGUGGACAUGAUGCAAGCCCACACGUACCCGCUGCGCUGGUUUCUGCUGGAGCAGCCUGAGAUCCAGGUGGCUCGUUUCCCCUUUAAGAACAACAUGAGCUUUGUGGUCAUCAUGCCCACCCAUUUUGAGUGGAACGUGUCCCAGGUGCUGGCUAACCUGAGCUGGGGCAUCCUGCACCAGCCCUUGCUGCGGGAGAGGCCCACCAAGGUCCAGCUGCCUAAGCUGCAUCUGAAACACCAAAUGGACCUGGUGGCCAUCCUCAGCCAGCUGGGCCUGCAGGAACUGUUCCAGGCCCCGGACCUGCGUAGGAUCUCAGACCAGAGCCUGGUGGUGUCCAGCGUGCAGCACCAGUCCACACUGGAGCUCAGAGAGGCCGGCGUGGAGGCGGCCGCGACAACCAGCACGGCCAUGUCCCGCAUGUCCCUCUCCUCCUUCAGCGUGAACCGCCCCUUCCUCUUCUUCAUCCUCGAGGACAGCACGAGCCUGCCCCUCUUUGUGGGCAGCGUGAGGAACCCCAAUCCCGGCGCGCAGCCGGAGCCCAAGGAGCAGCAGGAUUCCCCUGACAACAGGGACUUUUUGCAGCACCAGAAGGUCUUCCCCCGCGGAGACAAGCCCUUCGGCCCUGACUUAAAACUUGUGCCCCCCUCGGAGGAGGAUUACCCCCAGCCUAGCAGCCCCAAGUGAGGGGCUGUGGCCGCCAGCAUCCCGAGUCCCUGCUUGGACCAGCCUCUCAACUCAUGUGACUCUUUCCAAACAGCUUUGCGGGAUUGCGGGCGGGGGCCUGGGGGGCAG